UAACCAAAGUAACCAUCGAACAAAAAUCAUUCAGUUUUUCAUUUCAAUCCUUUUGCUUUUCCUAAUUCUGUUCCUUUGCUAAGCAUUCCUCCAUUUUAAAUUAAUAUUUACAAUGUUGUUUUUUACUUUGUUGGUGAUGACUUUAACCAUUUCAAGUGAUUUGGUUGAAGCAAAGAAGUCAAAAUUCAAGACAACAUGGCGAGAUUGUGGUUCAGACGAUGCCAUUGUUAGGUUCCGCAAUAUUGGUUUAGAGGAUGUAGUCAGAAUUGGUAAAACAACUCCAGUCAAAGUAUCGCUCAAUGCUACACAAUCCGCUGAAGUUCCCGCCGAUUCACAAGUUAACAUUAAAAUUAAAAAGAUAUUGAACAUCUUUGGAAAUAAGUUACCAGUUGUUGUUCCUUGUAUCAAUGGUAUUGGUUCUUGCGAAGCUAGCCUUUGUGACAUUUUCAAAAUCCAUAAAAAACUUGUUUGCACAAUCCUCGAGGCCGCUGGUCACGAUUGUAAUUGUCCUUCAGCCCCAGGUGUUUACAAUGCAGCAGAUAUUAACUACCAGCUUCCCUUCACCCUUAUUCCAACAGCUAUACUAUCCCUUGGAAAUGGUGAUUAUACUUUGGACAUGGAGAUUACCCACAAUAACAAGCAAAUUGCUUGUCUUGCAAUGACUGUCGUCGUGAAAUUCGUCUAAGACCAAAGGCCGGUAAACAGCGUUAAGAUGGAGUGGAAUGACAUUGAAAGCAGAUUAAAUGACAACAUCCAAUGUUGGGCUGAGUUGACAUCAGCACUAUUUAUUAUAGACAGCAAGGUACAGCCGUUCAGGCAAAGCUUUAUGAGAAAUUGGCUCAAUUGUUGACCAUUCACUGAAUACUGAUUAGGUUUGUUAAAAUUGUUGAUAUUGUUAAAAUUAUUUUCAUUAUUUUGUAAUUUUUUAGAAAAAGAUUAACAUGGUUGCAUGGAAUGCAACAGCUGAAAUAAAGUUGAAAGUUUUCCAAAAUAAAA